CAUAAAUUUGAUAUUUUUAUUUUUGAUUGUUUUUGUAGAAUUGUUUAAAAACUUCCUUUUUUCAAAUCAAAUUAUUAAAAUCUUGUUGUUUUUUCUAAAACAAAAUUUUUGUGUAACAAUCGUCUUAAAUCAAACCAUUGCGUUUUAUUAUAUUUUUAUAAUUUCCCGUUUUUAAAACAUGUCAAGAGUAGCAAAUAAUUCAAUACGUUCGUUAACAACAAAAACAUCAGAAUUCGAUGCUCUUUCAAUGCGUGGUUACAAUAUUGGCACGAAAAUUGGCGAAGGAAGUUAUGCUACAGUCAUUUCGGCAAAUUGUAAGGAGAAAAAUGGCAAACAAUUGCAUUUGGCGUGCAAAAUUAUUAACAAAUUAAAAGCUCCAAUGGAUUAUUUGAAUAAAUUCUUUCCACGGGAACUCGAUAUCUUGAUGAAGAUAGAUCAUCCAAAUAUUGUACAAGUACAUAGUAUUCUGGAACGUGGUCCGAAAAUAUUUAUAUUUAUGCAAUUUGCUGAAAAUGGUGAUCUAUUGACUUAUAUUUUAAAGAAUGAAAUUAUUGGAGAACUACAAAGUAAAGCUUGGUUUUUACAAAUGGGAAAGGCUUUGACAUAUCUUCACAAUCACGAUAUUGCUCAUCGUGAUUUGAAAUGUGAGAAUAUUUUACUAUCACAGCGAAUGAAUAUCAAACUUGCUGAUUUUGGUUUUGCACGUUUUUGCACUGAACAAAAUGGACAGCCCAUUUUGUCACGAACUUAUUGUGGAUCGGCUGCUUAUGCAGCACCUGAAGUUGUCGGUGGACAUCCUUAUGACCCGAAGUUAGCUGAUGUAUGGUCACUUGGAGUGAUAUUGUUUAUUAUGCUCAACAAAAAGAUGCCAUUCGAUGAUCGAAAUGUUCAAAAGCUACUCAAGGAUCAGAUGAGUCGGAAGUAUACUUAUCGACGGAAGUAUGUUGAUCAAAUAAGUGAAGAGGCUAAAUCUGUUGUAAGGGUACUCUUGGAACCUGAACCGAAUGUUCGAUGGGAUUUGAGAGAAAUAUUAAAUAGUACUUGGUUGACGGAGAGUCAAUCGACAGGAUCAUCAUCGUUUGAAAAUAUUUGAAAAACGAGGUUUUUUAAAGAGUUUUUGAGCUUAAAAGAUUGAAUUGUCAAAAUAAAAAAAACUAUAAAACAG